AUGUCAAUGCUCCCCUUUACCUCUUUUCACGACGGCGUCUCGUACGGCACCAAGGCUUUGCCAGCAGCUAUAAGCGCGGUGCUGAGCUUCGGCCUCUUUUUGGGUGACUGGAGUAACCAUCUUCAUGCCGAGUGGCGCUUGAAGCGAUCUGCAAGAUUCUUCGCAACGCAUCUCUACUUUGCAGCGCGAUGCUCUGGUCUUGUCGCAUUGAUCUGCCAGGUCGUCUUGACGGCAGGCGUGGGCCAUUACUGCGACUGCUUGGCGGUUUUCAAGACUGGCACAGUCUUCACUUGCAUCGGUGUUGGCUCAGCGUACGCCCUCUUGACACUGAGAUGUGCCGCGCUGUGGCACUUUGAUCGUCGCAUCACCGUGUCGCUUUUCAUCAUCUGCGCACUCGUCUGCUCCACGUACCUGAGCCACAUUGUGGUGCUAUCUGCUUCGCCGUCGCCAUACGCCGAGGAUCUCUGCUUCAUGACGGGGCAGGUCCAGUCGCUGGCAGCAUCGUACAUCGGAGCAGCCCUCUUCGACACUCUUCUUGCGGUGCUUACUGUUCUGCCCUUGAUGAGGUCGCCAGACAGCCUCGUGCGCUCCGACAUUGGACGCCGAGUUGUUCGCGGCACGGCUGCAUACUAUUCGAUGGUCAUCCUGCUCUCCAUCUCGUGCGGCGCGUUGCUCCUUUCGCAGCAAGCGCCUCACAUAUCCAGCAUCCUGACUCCGAUCCACGCUUCGAUCACCCUCUCGAUGGCUUGUCGAGUGCAUCUCUACUUGAGAGAUUUGGCCGACAAGCGGCAGCACCCAGCUUCACCUCGUCGCAUCGAGGUCAAGAAGCUGGACGGAAUGAUGAGCGCAGUCGAGGGAUUGAGCCCGCAACCCAGUCCGGUCAAGUCGCGCAAAUCGAGCCUCCGAGCGCCCAUUGCCGUCGCCGUCCUGCGCAGACUGUCCAGACACGGUGCUGCCGACUUAGAGCGAGCGACUCACACUCUCGCUCCUCACAUUCUCGCUCCUCUCACUCUCGCUCCUCACAUUGGAUCGUGGGAGAAGCGCACGUGGGCGAUGCGGUCGGACAGCGUCAUGGAUGCUCCAGCGCGUCGAUCCAGCCACGCUUUCGAUCCGCACCUGGACUUGCCGUUUGCCGCCUAUCCGGCACAAGUGGUCAACACUCGGGAGUGCUACAGCGAGAUGCGCGCCUCCUAUCGUGCCAUGUCGUGCGGGGAGAGCGCUCGCCGAGCGAGCAUCGAUGCGCAUCCCAUCAGGAUGCAGUCCGAGUCGUGCUCGAUGGUCAGCCCAAUAGACGGGCACGCCAUCGCUUCACUCGAUGUCAAAUCACGUGCCAGUCUGUGA